AUUGACUGAUGUGCUGCAGCAGCCAAUCAGAGCAGGGGGAGGACUUCCGAGGUAGGCCAGGUUUUUUGAGCAUCAGGUUUUACCAGAGCCAGGCCGCAAACACUGCUGACAAUGGUCCUCUGGCACUGGGAGAGAGACCCUCUGAAAUAUGCAUGAGGAAAUCUACACCUGUUUCCAGACACUCUGCAGGGACGAAAGCAGCUGUCAACUCCCUGUUGGCUUUGACGCGACAGAGAUCAAUCUGACCUGGAGGAACAUUAUGUCUAAAAGGUUCCCUGUGCUGCUGAGCUACUGAGACCUUCAUGCAUGGAAACAGGUCUAAGUCGGCCCAACUGAGCUGCGCUGAAGCUGGACGUGAAGACUAGUCAGAGGGUGGACCACAGAGGUAUCUUCGUCUUGACCGCUGAGAAACUAUUCCUGCAAGUAUGAAUUCCAUGUUGAAGGUGUAUAAGAGCAAAGUGAUGAAGACCCUCAACCCUGAGUAUGAGGAGGAAGCUGUAGAAGAGGUCACAGAGGUGGAGAAUGAUGUGAGUCCAGUGCAGGAGGAUGAGGGACCAAACGCAGUGUCCCAGUUGGCCAAGAAAAUGCAGGGAGCCGGGACUAAAAGCUGGAACAGACUAUCAUCUCUCUUCAACAAAGAAGAUGAACACCAGCUUCUAGAGGAGACAGAGAGCCCGCCCAUCGCUGACCACCCCCUCGCUGUAAAACCAGAGGAACCUCCUCGACCCACCAAGCGCUCCCCAUUCUGGGAUAGCUUUGCAGCCAACUGGGCUGCCAAGAAGCAGGCAGAAGCUGCAGCGGCUGCUGCUGCUUCAACAAAUGAAGCGGCAGCAGUGCAGGGUGAGGAGGGGGUGACAGAGGCCGGAGGGGAGGUUGCUACCCCUCAGGAUGGGCAGACCACUGAGGGGGAGACGAGCGAAGAAGGAGGAGGAGGAGGAAGGAGCAGCAACAAUAGCUUCUCCAAAUAUGUCUCACUGGGAGGAGGAAGCAAUGAGGCGUCCUUUAAGUGGAACUUUGUCACCAGUAAGCUGGCAGAACUGAAGACAAAGGGCAACUAAUAGUUCACGACGAAGAAAUCUGGAGCAAUAAACAUGAUGAAGGGAUCGAUGUCAGAGCAUGGUGGAGGUUUAGGAGAAUAUAUUUCACACAUGAUGAUAUGUAACUUAAUAAUACUGCUAUUACAGAAGCCCCUUUUAUAAUUACAUAUUCUUUAGUCUCCAAUUUCAAACCCAAAUAUUCUCAGGAAACAAACAUAUUCUUGAUAUAUUUUUUGUAUCACACUAUAGAGCGAGGAGGGAUAAAAUCAUGGCUGAUAUUUUCUUAGAAUUACUCUUAAAAUCUAGAAACACAGCGCUUUGGUACCUAAAAAAAAGCACGUCUUCUGCUGCAAUAGUGUUACAGAAAGUUUCAGUCCCCUCUACACUUCAAAAAUAGCUUGAACUAGAACAAAUUCUUGAUGAAAUACUUUAAAGGUCCCAUAUAAAUGUAUUUUUUUUAGCUGUUUACAAAAUGUAUAGAUUGUAAAUCAAGCAAGGUUUUGAAUCAAAUAGUAAAAAAACUAGAGGUGGCAGGGAUGCUGGGAUAAUGAGGUACCGCACUGAUUAGAUGUCUGAAUGUUGUCUGUUGUGGGAAGGUGCAGACAGAUGCAGAGAUGGAAAAACACCAAAACAAACAUGGCAGGCCCUCCAGAAGAACCCACACCAGUACACUAUUCAGAAUCUGAUCCCAAACAGGAGGAGGCAACUAUUAAAGUGUUGCAGUCAUGUUUCAAAAAGCAUGUCUCAGAGUGUUAUUCCGACUCUUUUGCCUUUCAUUGGAGCAGUCCAAGUUGAAGUGGUUGGCAUAAACAAACAAAUUAGCCCUAACUGUAGCCAGCAUGUUGAAAAAAUAAAAAGCAACCACUGAUUUCUUUGGCUCUCCACAGCUGGACCAUUUUUGUUGCAUAGGAGAAAGCAGAAUUGCUUAAAGGGUGUGAGUGGUUUUGCAUGCAUGCCUAAGCAAAUCUCUCCUGUUGUUGUGUCACUGCAGGAGCUGAUUGAGAACACCAUGUCGAAGUAAUGUUUUCUCUGUAGGUGGGCUACAGAAACGAUGCAAAGGCUUUAAUGCUACCACUGUCUCAGGUUUGCUGGCUGGAGCAUGACGUAUUCACAAGGAGAAACAUGUUUUUUCAUUAUAUGGGACCUUUAUUAUUUUCUUGGAGAGUGGUGGAUAGGUGUACUGUGCAUAUCUGCCUACAGGCUGAAUAUUCUUCACUUUGUCCACUCUUUGAGUCUGCUUGAUGAUGAUAUCUUCUUCCUCAGAGUGCUUUUCAAACCACAAAAAGGGGCCUUCACACCUGUCAGCAAUCUUAAUCUAAUCUGUAUUUCAUCAAAACCUGGAUUAAGAGAUUAAAGGCAACAAUAGCCGGAUUAGUCACAGAUUAUCUCAUGUAACCUGUUUCGAGGGCAGGGGAUUUCAGCCUGCAGGUUUUGCAGAGUGACAUAACUAUUACAUAAUGUAAGCAGGUAUAAGAAAAACUCAGUCUGCUCAGACAUCAGGAGAGAUGUGCUGCAGUUAUAUGAAAUGUAUAAAAUAUGGAUGUGUGUGGUGAGGUAAUGUCAGACGUAUUGACUUGAAUUUUCUGAUUGUGACUGAGGCUGACUCGUGCAAAGUGUGAGUUUUUAACCGUUCUUAU